GCAGGGAGUCAGGAGGUAUAUCCCUGGCUUGAGAAGAAAAAGACUAAAGAGAAAAGCCUGAGACUGUGCAUUUACAGAGCAGCUCAGCUUGGUUGAAACUUGGCUUUGUUUAACGCCCAACUUCUCAGGAGAUUUUCCUCGGCUGAGUGGGCUUGGUGGGGCACUGGCUUGAGAGUGUUGCUUAGCAACAAGAUUUUGUGGCACCCGAUUCUCAAGGAGUCAAGCCACUCAUCCCCUGCCUGCCCUCCACCCACCCUCAGCUACCAUCCUGAGCCUCCUAUUAGACAAUCAAGUGUGUGCCGGAGGGAGGGACCAGAGAGAGGGGGCGAAGUUUAAUCAUUGAACUAAGCAGCCUGGAAGUAUUUAAUCUGUAGCACCUAGUUCCCCGGAGGCCUCUGGCUUGAGCUGGAAGUGGGCAGCGCUCUGGAGACGUGGGAGUAAACACUGCACAGAAGUCUCUGCUCAUCUCAGAAGAAACCAAACUUGGGAAAAAUGUUUGCGGUACACCUGAUGGCAUUUUACUUCACCAAACUGAAGGAAGAUCAGAUCAAGAAGGUGGACAGGUUCCUGUAUCACAUGCGGCUCUCUGAUGAGACCCUUUUGGACAUCAUGGCUCGGUUCCAGGCUGAAAUGCAGAAGGGCCUGGGGAAGGACACCAACCCCACAGCCUCAGUAAAGAUGCUGCCCACCUUUGUCAGGGCCAUUCCAGAUGGCUCAGAAAAUGGAGAGUUUCUUUCCCUGGAUCUUGGAGGAUCCAAGUUUCGAGUCUUGAAGGUGCAAGUCUCUGAAGAGGGGAAACGAAACGUCCAGAUGGAGAGUCAGUUCUACCCAACACCCAAUGAAAUCAUCCGAGGGAAUGGCACACAGCUGUUUGAAUAUGUAGCUGACUGUCUGGCAGAUUUCAUGAAGACCAAAGGGUUGAAGCAGAAGAAAUUUCCUCUCGGCCUAACCUUUUCAUUUCCCUGCAGACAGACUAAAUUGGAAGAGGGCAUCCUGCUUUCAUGGACGAAGAAGUUUAAGGCACGGGGCGUUCAGAACACCGAUGUGGUGAGCUCUCUGGCAAAUGCUAUGAAAAAACGCAAGCAGGACAUAGAUGUGGACAUCCUGGCUUUGGUCAAUGACACUGUGGGGACCAUGAUGACGUGCGCCUAUGAUGAUCCCUACUGCGAAGUUGGUGUCAUCAUUGGCACCGGCACCAACGCGUGCUACAUGGAGGACAUGAGCAACAUUGACCUGGUGGAAGGCGAUGAGGGGAGGAUGUGCAUCAACACCGAGUGGGGGGCCUUCGGGGAUGACGGGGCCCUGGAGGACAUCCGCACCGAGUUUGACCGGGAGCUGGACCUCGGCUCUCUCAAUCCUGGGAAGCAACUGUUUGAGAAGAUGAUCAGCGGCCUGUAUCUGGGUGAACUCGUCAGGCUCAUCUUGCUGAAGAUGGCCAAGGCAGGCCUCCUGUUUGGCGGCGAGAAAUCCUCCGCUCUCCACAUCAAGGGCAAGAUUGAAACACGGCAUGUGGCUGCCAUGGAGAAGUAUAAAGAAGGCCUGGCCAAUACAAGAGAGAUCCUGACGGAUCUGGGCCUGGAGCCUUCGGAAGCCGACUGCAUCGCGGUCCAGCACGUCUGCACCAUCGUCUCCUUCCGUUCCGCUAAUCUCUGUGCAGCAGCCCUGGCAGCCAUCCUGACUCGCCUGCGGGAGAACAAGAAGCUGGCGCGGCUUCGGACCACGGUGGGCAUGGACGGCACACUCUACAAGAUCCAUCCGCAAUAUCCAAAACGCCUGCACAAAGUGGUGAGGAAACUGGUCCCAAACUGUGAUGUUCGCUUUCUGCUGUCAGAGAGUGGCAGCACCAAGGGAGCUGCCAUGGUGACAGCAGUGGCCUCCCGUGUGCAAGCCCAGCGGAAGCAGAUUGACAAGGUGCUGGCUUUGUUCCAGCUGACUCGAGAGCAACUUGAGGGUGUGCAGGACAAGAUGCGUGUUGAGCUCGAUUAUGGGCUGAAGAGGGACACCCACCCACUGGCCACAGUCAAGAUGCUGCCCACCUAUGUCCGUGGGAUGCCAGAUGGCACAGAGAAAGGAAAGUUCCUUGCCCUGGAUCUGGGGGGAACCAACUUCCGGGUCCUCCUGGUGAAGAUCAGAAGUGGAUGGAGGUCGGUGCGAAUAUACAACAAAAUCUUUGCCAUCCCCCUGGAGAUCAUGCAGGGCACCGGUGAGGAGCUGUUUGACCACAUCGUGCAGUGCAUCGCCGACUUCCUGGACUACAUGGGCCUCAAGGGGGCCCAGCUGCCUUUGGGCUUCACAUUCUCGUUUCCCUGCAGGCAGGCGAGCAUUGACAAGGGAACACUCAUUGAGUGGACCAAAGGCUUCAAGGCCACUGACUGUGAAGGGGAAGACGUGGUGGACAUGCUCAGGGAAGCCAUCAAGAGGAGAAAUGAGUUUGACCUGGACAUAGUUGCAGUUGUGAAUGACACAGUGGGGACCAUGAUGACCUGUGGCUAUGAAGAUCCUAAUUGUGAGGUUGGCCUGAUUGCGGGAACAGGCAGCAACAUGUGCUACAUGGAGGAGAUGAGGAACAUUGAACUGGUGGAAGGGGAUGAAGGGAAGAUGUGCAUUAACACAGAGUGGGGAGGAUUUGGAGAUAAUGGCUGCAUAGAUGACAUCCGGACCCAAUAUGACAAGGAGGUGGAUGAGGGGUCCUUGAAUCCUGGCAAACAGAGAUACGAGAAAAUGACCAGUGGGAUGUACCUGGGGGAGAUCGUGCGGCAGAUCCUGAUUGACUUGACCAAACAGGGUCUCCUCUUCCGCGGGCAGAUUUCAGAACGUCUCCGGACCAGGGGCAUCUUUGAAACCAAGUUCUUGUCUCAGAUUGAAAGCGAUCGGCUGGCCCUGCUCCAGGUCAGGAGGAUCCUGCAGCAGCUCGGCCUGGACAGCACAUGUGAGGACAGCAUCGUGGUGAAGGAGGUGUGUGGAGCAGUGUCCCGGCGGGCAGCCCAGCUCUACGGCGCUGGCCUGGCCGCCAUUGUGGAGAAAAGGAGGGAAGACCAGGGGCUUGAGCACCUGAAGAUCACUGUGGGUGUGGACGGCACCCUGUACAAGCUGCACCCGCACUUUUCUCGGAUAUUGCAGGAAACUGUAAAAGAACUGGCCCCUCAAUGUGAUGUGACGUUCAUGCUGUCAGAAGAUGGGAGUGGAAAGGGAGCAGCUCUGAUCACUGCUGUGGCCAAGAGGUUACAGCAGGCACGGAAGGAGAACUAGGAACCCCUUAGGGUCGGGCCCGAUGAGCCUUGGAUACUGACCAGCCUUUCCUCUGGCCAAUGAGUUGGUCAGGGACCGACAGGCAAGCUUCUGACUGACUUCAGCUUCUGGAUGGCCGAAAGAGAACCCCAGGUUCUUGGGUACUCUUAGCAUUUUGUUACUCAUUUUCAAGGGCAUUAAAUGACAUUUCUAUUUGGCAUAUUUGGACCAAAGAUUGGCCAACUUAUAAAAUCAAAACGUUGGGCCCAAGAGAUGCCUUUAUAGCAAAUUUUCAGUUAAGGCCUGAGCUGUUAGUUCUCUGUGGUCCUGUGGCUGCUGGACUUGGAAACAUAUACACGAUCUGCCUGUGUGGCUUGGCUGGCUGAGUUCCCCACUGGGAUGCUUCUGCCAUCACUUGUAGUAUUGGACCUUCCACAUGUGGAUGCACAUUUGAGAGGGAUAGGGGCUCAUGUAAUCAACUGGAGAUCUAAUCUGACUUGUCAUUAGCUUGUUAUGUUGACUUCAAGUAUGAAGAGAGAGCAAAGACUUUGGAGUAUUCAGCGCCAGGAUGAAGAAGGGUUGAUUGCUAGGGAGCCCUGUAGGAAACUUCUCAUGCUUAGAGUGGGUUAUAUUAGCACCCUGUAGGAUUUUUGUUUCUCAAUACAUGUGUGUGAUGGGGGGUGCUUCCAUUUGGGGCACAUGUUAUCAUUUUACGUGUGGUUUGUGUUGCUGCUGCUGAUAGCUGUUUUAAGGACUGUUAGGUAUAUGAAAUCCAGUAAAUGAAUAAAACUUAUUUGAUUUCCCAAGAA